AUGUAUCUAGCUGCAUUCUUUGCCGCCAUUCCGCCGACUGUCGAGGCCCAGGGUGGUAGCAGUUUCAGCAGCGGGGAAUAUCUGUAUCAACCCAGUCAUCGAGACAAACAUGAUGGCUUCCACAUGCGCCAGUGCAAUCGUGCUUUUAUCAUCCCUACCGGUCUGAACGUGUUCUCUUCAUUGACUCUGUCACUCCCCUCAGACUUUGGCAGGGGGAGCAAAGUUGCUAAACCCGCUUCUUAUCAUAAUGAGUCGGAUAUUUUAGCGAGUCUUACUUCUGUCGCUAAAUACUCGUACUUGUUUGGGACAAGUGAUAUUCAGCUCGCCGAGCUCCCCUUGUUCGGUACGAAGGAGGACAAUUCUGCCAAGACUUUCCACGACAAAGAGGAAGUAACGAAGAAACCCUACAUCAAAUCGAUCCUAUCACCAGACUCAAGAUACGUACCAGUGAGCGGUGAUCCAGGAAGUCGUUGUCGAUGCAUCUAG